AGCCGAGAAACCAGGGCAACGUCACCGCACAAUCGCUGCCUGGCAGCGUUCUCAAGAGCGCUCAGUGUGGAUGAUUCGGGGGGCUGCUGCAAAAUGCAGUCACCCCGGCUCGCUCUAUGCAUUUACUUAUUUAUCUGAUUUCUAUACCGCCCUUCUGAUGUCGCGGCUCGUCUUCUACGAUUUACACCUAUACCUUUUUUAAAAAAACAGCGACUCUCGCUGUUUAUCGCAGCCGCCGCCAAACCAGUUGGAAAGAACCAGUUUCCUCCACCACCACCCGUCCCGCACGUGGUACGGCCAAGCCCGCCCCGGGGGCUGGCUGACAAGCUGGCCGCCUGCCGGGUUGCUCCAGGGGAAGUCGGGGCUGUUCGUCCGCGGUGAUCAACCGGCGUCGCUCGUUGGGCUUAGGCCUUUUCCAGGAUAGUGCUGCACCUCAGACGCAGAAUGGCCUGUGCUACUCAAAAUCUGUUUUUAUAUUUGUGGGCUAGGCCUCAGCCCUGUGUGCCAUUGCCAGUUCUCUCGGCAUUAUGGAAUCAAAGGAAGAACAGACACUUCAUGCAGCACUUCAGAUACACAACUGCUGUCAUUUCAGGAGAGGAGAAUGCAGCCACUGUGGAAAGCCUUUAUGCAUUAUCUGUGGAUAUUAAAAAGAUCCGCAGAUUAAAGCCAUGGGUGCUCUCAAAAGAGGUGGCUUAUGUCAAAGAAACUGCCGAGAUUUUGCAAGAAAUGGGAGCUGAUAGGAGUGCUGUAGCAUAUAUUUUGGAACGCUGUCCCGAGGCUAUCCUCUGUAGGCCUACAGAUAUCAGCUGUCAAAGAGACCUGUGGUUGUCUGUUUGCCGAAAUGAAAAACAACUGGUUGAAUUAGUUAAACGGUUCCCAGAGUCCUUUUUUACAGUUGCGCACUAUGAAAACCAGACAGCCAACAUUAGAUUCUUUCAAGACUUGGGUCUAAAGAAUACAAUCAUCAGCAGGCUCCUAACAGGUGCAUCAAAUAUUUUUUACAAUCCUGUUGAGAAGAACAAGCAUAUGAUAGACACCCUGCAAAGUAAUUUUCUAAGUCUAGGCGGUUCACGGGAGAACAUGAAAAAUUGGCUACUGAAAUUACUGAGCCAAAACCCAUUUAUUUUGUUAAAUUCAUCUGCCAUUGUCCAAGAAAACUUGGAGUUUCUUCAGAAGAACCAUUUUACUGAUUCAGAUGUUUUAAGUCUGCUCUCCAAACUCAAAGGGUUUAUUUUUCAACUUAACCCUUGCACAAUGCAGGACAGCAUGUUGUUCUCCAAGAAUGUUUUCAAGUGCAGUGAUCAAGAAUUAAAGGACCUUAUUAUAAAGUGCCCUGCCCUUCUCUACUAUUCAGUUCCAGUUUUGGAAGAAAGACUGGAGGGACUGUUGAAAGCAGGCAUUUCCGUAGACCAGAUUAAAGAGACACCAGCCAUUCUGGAACUGACAACAGAAAUUGUGCAAUACAGAAUAAAAAAAUUAGCUGCUUUAGGAUAUAAUGUAAAAAGUGGAACUCUAGAACAUCUGAACGGAACAAAAAAGGAUUUUGAAGCUACUUAUGGAAAGAUACAAGCAAAAAGAGAAAGACCAUUAUUUAAUCCAGUUGCUCCUUUAAGAAUUGAAGAUUGAUUUCCAGCACCCGCUUAAACCAUGCUAGUGAACCCAGGUGAAAAGACUGUGGUUCUCCUUUCACAACUGGAAUAAAUUGAACCUAAUUGGUGCUCAAAGUUAGUUUUUAUUCAGACCUUACAUCAGUCUUACAAACUUGAACUCAGCAAGUAAUGGGAUUGCAAGCUUCCCCACCUAAUUGGAUACCAGCUUAUCAGGAACUUUAGCCCAAUGAUGUUGCCUUGAGUUGUACUGCUGAUAUGGAGAGUAUUAUACUAGCUACCAGAAAAAUAAAGCAACUAGAACAUUCA